CAGGCUAUCUGAGCCCCGCCUCGGCCGCGCCCCCACAUCUUAAACUCAGCCAGCCGUCAGCAGCGCGUCAGUCGCGCACACAAUGAAGUUCAGCUGGGUGCUGCUCGUCUGCACCGCCGCGCUGGCGGGGGCGGCGGAUCUGGACUGUCCUCUCCCGGGCGGCCCGGACACGGCCAGUGAGGAAACCUGCGCGCUGUACUCGGCCUGUCUCUGGUCCGGAGACCGCUGUCUGCUCGCAGAGGACAUAGGCUACCAGCUGGACGGGCCGCCGCUAGUGAUCCACACCGGCUAUGAGGCCUAUCUGGAGCGCCGGAGACCGGAGGCUACCGUGUUCGGCGGGGACGUCGACCGGCUGCACGUGCUGGCCGUCGAGUACGACGAUCAUCGACUGGGAGUCUCGUUCCGAGACGCCAACGCCGACCGGUACGAGGUGCCGGUGCCGCUGGACGUACCGCCGCUGCCGACCGAUCCCAACUACCCCGUCUACGACAUGUCGCUGUCCACCGACGGCGAGUUCGAGCUCAGCGUGCAGCACAGCGGAGCUGAGGUGCUGCGCAUGCUGCCCCAGUUCGUCUACAGCGACCAGUUCAUCGAGGCCACGUUUGUACUGGCUGGGAGCGAUGUGUACGGCUUCGGCGAGAACAACCACGACAGCUUCCGACACGAUCUGGACGUCGGCGAGACGUGGCCGGUGUUCGCACUCGACCGGCCGCCCGGUGAUGGAGUCGAGAACCUGUACGGCACGCAUCCGUUCUUCACCGCCAUCGAGGACGACUUCGGUCACAGCUUCGGCGUGCUCUUCCUCAACAGCAACGCGAUGGAGUACCGUCUGUUCCGGCUGGAGGACGGCAGCACGGCACUGACGUUCCGCACCACGGGCGGCAUCCUGGACAUGUACUUCUUCUUCGGCGACUCGCCGCUGGAGGUGCUGCGCCAGUACUACCUGACGAUCGGCCGGCCCGUGAUGCCGCCCUACUGGGGCCUCGGCUUCCAGCUGUGCCGCUACGGCUACACGAGCACGGACGACAUCCGCGCCGUGCGCGAGCGCAUGAAGGCCGCCCAGAUCCCGCAGGAUAUCCAGUACUCGGACAUCGACUACAUGAACGUGCGGCGCGACUUCACCAUCGAUCCGCGCAACUUCAGCGACCUGCCCGCCUACGUACAGGAGCUGCGGGAGCAGGAAGAGGUGCGCUUCGUCUACAUCUACGACCCGGCCAUCGCGGCAGAGUUCGACGGCGGCUACCCGUCGGCCGACCGCGGAGUCCAGAGCGACGUCUUCAUCAAGUGGAUGAACGCCAGCCUGGUGCCCGAUGACCAGUGCGAGGGCUGUCGCGAUUACGUCGUGGGCUACGUGUGGCCAGAGAGCAAGACCCUGUUCCCGGACUUCCUGAAGGUCGAGACGGUGAACUGGUGGGUGGACGAGAUGCGACGCUUCCGGGAGAUUUCCGGCGGCGCCGACGGCUUUUGGAUUGACAUGAACGAGCCGUCGUCGUUCGGAACUAACCUGGAGAAGCCGUUCAACUGGCCCGAUGACCUGCCGCCGUGGAGUCUCAAGUGCCCAGACACGAAGUGGGACAGUCCGCCAUAUCCAACCCGCUGGGUACGCGACCCGAGCAACGAGAGCAAGCGUCUGUCGGAUCACACCAUCUGCAUGAGCACUGUCCAGGGCAACGACACGCACCCGUUCCUGCACUACGACGUGCACAACCUGUUCGGCUACGCUGAGGCGUCGGCCACGCGGCUGGCCAUGGACAUGCUGCUGGAGGGACGUCGUGGCCUGCUGGUCGGCAGGUCCACCUUCCCCGGCUCCGGUAUGUGGACCGGCCACUGGCUGGGCGACAACACCGCCCGCUGGAAGGACAUGAAACGCUCCGUCGUCGGCAUGCUCGAGUUCAACAUGUUCGGCAUCCCGUACGUCGGCGCAGACAUCUGCGGCUUCAACGGCGCUUCGACCGAGGAGCUGUGCCUGCGCUGGACGCAGCUCGGCGCGUUCUAUCCCUUCAGUCGCAACCACAACACGAUCGGGACGCCCGCCCAGGACCCGGCCGUGUGGCCGUCGGUGGCGGCCGCGGCGCGCGACGCGCUCGGUCUUCGCUACCGUCUGCUGCCCUACCUCUACACACUCUUCUGGCGAGCCAGGGCGUUUGGAGAGCCAGUAGUACGAUCGCUGGCCUUCCAGUUCCCCACGGACCCGGCGCUGCGCGGCGUCGACACCCAGUUCCUGUGGGGCGACGGCGUCAUGGUGGCGCCGAUCCUGGACGAGACCAGCAUGACGUCCGUCAACGUCACGUUACCGGCCGGCAAGUGGUGGGACUUGCGAGACGGCAAGCUGGCCUACAGCGGCGACAUCACCACCACCUUCCAGUACCACGUGGGCAUGGACGAGAUGAUCCCGGUGUACGCCCGCGCCGGGACUAUCCUGCCCUGGCAGAGAAACGAGACGACGACGGCGGCGGCGCGGCGGAACCCCUUCAACCUCUCCGUGUUCGGCGACACGGCCGCCGGUGAGCUCUACUGGGAUGACGGCGAGUCGCGCCUGGCGCCCUAUUUGGGAGACUUCUACCGGAGCCAGUUCUGGCUGGAGAGCGGCGAGCUGCACAUGGACGUGCUGCAGCCGAGGACGGACCUGAUGCACCAGCCGGUGCUGGAGACGGUGCUGUUCUACGGCCAGCACCAGCCAACAGCCGUGCUGGUGGAUGGAGAGGCCUUCGAAGACUGGAGUUUCGUGGAGGACGUGCUGACGGUGCGGCCCAACCUGGACAUGGCAACCAACCACACCGUCACCCUGCAGUAGCAGCUGCUGUCCGCUGACCGCGCGGCAGAGAGCCGCCGUCCUAUUUACACAGCGAUAUUCCACAGCCGAGCAUCAACUGAAUUCGGCUAAUUAACUGUAAAUAAAUUUUACGAAUAAAAAUAA